AUGGGUGAUGUGCAGAAGGGGCUGCUCUCCGUCAUCCAGAAGCUGAAGGGUUCCCCGGAGCAGGAGCUCCGUAUUGUCCUGCUGGGGCUGGACAACGCAGGGAAGACCACACUGCUGAAACGCCUGGCAUCAGAGGAGAUCAGCACCAUCACACCCACCCAGGGCUUCAACAUAAAGAGCGUUCACUCGCACGGCUUCAAGCUAAAUGUCUGGGAUAUCGGGGGGCAGCGCUCCAUCCGCCCCUACUGGAAGAAAUAUCUGGGCAGCACAGACCUGCUGAUUUAUGUCAUUGACAGCGCAGACCAGAAGCGCUUUGAGGAGACAGGGCAGGAGUUGGCAGAGCUCACUGAGGAUGAGUCUCUCACAGGGGUCCCACUGCUGGUUUUUGCCAACAAGCAGGACCUAGUAACUGCAGCACCCGCAGCCGAAAUCGCAGAAGGGCUGAGCCUCCACACCUACCGAGACCGGGAAUGGCAGAUCCAGGCCUGCUCAGCCUUGUCUGGAGAAGGAGUGCAGGAUGGGAUGAACUGGAUUUCCAGCCAGAUCAUGAACAGGAAGAAGUGA